AUGAAUGAGAUGAAAGAGAUGAAACACAAGCAAAUGCUUCAAGAAUCUAUGGAAACAGAGGUAUUAGCAGAGCAAACUAAAAAAGUUGAGAAAGAAAGUAAACCAAAGAAGAAAAUGUGGGGUGAAUUUGAUGAACCUGACACAAGACCUGAGCCCCAAUUUGAAAGCUAUGCUGUAGAACAAACUGUGAACAGUCGUGAAAGAGUGUUGCUUAGAGAAGAAUUUGUUCAAGAAAUGUAUAGUAGCUUUCUUGAUGGGAGAGAUGAAGAAAUAGACUAUAAUUCUAUAGAUAAUAAUGAUCAGUAUGAUGAUCUACAACAAAUUUCACAGGAUGCUGAAGACAAAUACUUUGAUGAUGAGUUAAAUGAUGUCAAUAAUCUAGAAGAGCAUAUGAAGCUAGUUGAGGAAUAUGGUAAAAAACCAUCAUCUGAUGGUCUUGAGACUUGUGAUCCGUUAGAUGUAUUCAUGCAACAGAUUAAAAAUAAAAUUGAUGAU